GUUGGGCGAUGUCGACCAAUUUGGCAUCGUACGAUGUUUAAUGUGAAACAUCGCGAUGGACGAUGGCAUCGUCGUCGGUGGGCGGGGCGUAAAUAAUUAAUUUAUAACGAAUUAAUUAAUUGUAUCGUUUCCACUACCUGACCCGCAUGAUCUUUGUUUUAACCAAACCCAUAACCAUAAAUAAAGAUAAGUUACACACAAAUUAACACCUGUCAAUCACUUUUCCGCGGGACUCUGGCAUGAAGUAGGCAGCACAGUGAUCUGCGUCGUUAUAAUGGCGUCGCCGUCGACAAACUUGGUCGUUAAAAAAGGUACAAAUUCACCUAUCUGGCAGUACUUUGGCUUUAGACCUAAUGAAAGAGGACAGCCACGAGACACGUCUGAAGUGGUGUGCAGGAUUUGCGGUCAAGUUAUCCGCGCAAAAGAUGCGCAGACGACAAAUUUACAUGACCAUUUGCGUGUGCACCAUCCCGCACAAUACAGUUCAUUGCCAGUGUCAUCAUCACGCACAACUGAACUUCGCAGGAACCAACCAACCCUAUCUGAGGCUUUCGCUAAAGUUACUAAGUACAAGCGUGACAGCGAAAGAUGGAAGCAGUGUACUGAUGCUGUGACCCGCUACCUAGCAAAAGAAAUGGUUUCUUUUAAUACGGUAGAGAAGAGCGCGUUUAAGGCCAUGCUGCAAAUAUUUGACAAGCAGUAUGAGCUGCCAGGUCGGAAGUUCUUCUCGAAGACCGCAGUCCCAAAGUUGUACAACGACAUCAGAGCAAAUAUUUUAGCAGAGCUGGAUGAUGUGGAAUAUUUGGCACUGACAACUGACAUGUGGUCCAGCUGCAACAUGAUGCCUUACAUGUCAGUGACCGCACAUUAUGUCAGCAAAGAGUGGACACUAAAAUCGAAAUGCCUACAAACAAGCUUCAUGCCAGAAAGCCAUACAGCCGACAACCUGGAAGAGGCAUUGCAGGAAAGUGUACACGAAUGGAAAAUAGAAGAAAAGAAAAUUUCCUGCAUAACUACUGAUAAUGGGGCAAACGUUGUUGCUGCCAUCAGACAGUUAAAAUGGCCUUGGUUAAGUUGCUUUGGCCACAAUCUGAACAUUGCUAUAAACAACUCACUCAAGAAGCAGCAAGCCAGCACUGAUCGGGCUUUCGGGGUUUGCCGGGCAGUCAACACUGCUUUUUCCCACAGCUGGUGGAGGAGACGAGAGCUAAGCAAAGCACAAGAGGAGCUAAAACUCCCUCAUCACUCCUUGAUCACGGACUGUGCAACACGAUGGGGCUCCAAACAGCGAAUGGUGGAGAGAAUUCUGGAGCAGGUUCAAGCCAUCAAACGAGUGUUUGCUCAGGAUAAAAGCCGCCGCCCGCUCCCGCAACUUACAUGGCAGGACAUAAGUGUUCUGGAAGCAGUUAAUAGUGGAUUGAAGCCAGUGGCAGAGUUUACAGAUAUUCUUUCUGGAGAAAACUAUGUCACGGUUUCCUCACUUUUGCCGAUGUUGGCACACCUGGAAAGUGUGCUGGAGAGCUCGGAGCAAGAUGCGAAACUUACAGCCGACCUGAAGCGUGUCAUCUUGGAGCAGAUGGAAGGCAAAUAUAGCAAUGAUGCCACCCUGAGUAUGAUGCGCAAAGCUGCCUUGCUUGACCCCAGAUACAGAGGGGAUCACAUGAAACCACCUGAGCUAAGUGCCACAAAAACUGAACUGGUUGCAGAAAUGGCGGCAGCAGCAGCAACACGCGCAAGCCCAUCAUCCGGCCCUGCACGAGAAAGAGAAGAGGCAGAGGAAUCAGGUGCUGGCACCGCGCCUAAGAAGAAAAAGGGACUGGGCAGCCUUCUUGGUAAAAGAGCAGCUACAGCAGUGCUCACCGCUGAUCAAAAGAGUGAAGCUGAGAUGUCACUGUAUCUACAGGAAAUGGUUAUUGACGGAGAAGAAGACCCACUAACUUGGUGGAAAGCUAACCAAGGACGGUUUCCUCUUAUGGCCAAAUAUUUGUGCAUAUGUGCUACCAGUGCUCCAUCUGAACGUGUGUUCAGCACAGCGGGUAAUGUUGUUACUCCACUUCGCAGCUUAUUAAAGCCAGAAAAGGUGAACAUGUUAGUAUUUCUGGCCAGAAACCUUGAUAUUUAAAGUUGUUGUUUUUUUGUCCCAACCUCUGUUCGUCAUGGUAAAACCAUGAAAAAGCAGAUGUUUUUUCUGCUGUUUUUGUAUGCCUCAUUUAGUUAUUAUGUAAACGAACUAGUUCAUUUAAUUUGUUUGGCGUUUACUGUAUAAAGUGUGUACUCUUUUGAAUAUAAGUUGACUGUGAACAACUUACUUGUUAUUUCCUCAUAAGUAUACAAAAAUAAAGACGCGGAAAUUGAAAGCAUGCAUUAAGUGUGUGUUUUCGCGAGCGGGAUGCUGCGAGAGGCUGCAGUGUUUUUAUUUUGGGGGGGUGGGCGGGGUAUCGCGAUGCCGACUCUGCAUCGUCAUGUCUAUCGGCCAUCGGCGAUGGACGAUGCCAUCGUCUAUCGGUCCA